AUGGCAGAUGUCCCGAGUUUCAAUUUUGAUGGAGUUUUGAUGACUUGUGAUGCAUCUCAGAAUGGCGCCGAUACCGAUAAUGUGGCACCUUUGCCUCAUUUUCCGUUUACUUUGAAUUCAGCUUCGCAAAGUGAUGCAUGUCAAAAUGGCGCCAAUAUUGUGGUGCCUUCGCCUCAUCUUCCAUUUAGUUUUAAUUCAGCUUCACGAAUGGAGCCACUGAGAAUGGGCAACUUCAAUACCUCAUCAUUCAACUGGACAGAUCACAGAUCCUUCAUUAUACACAAGGGUUCAAUGAGGACUUGGACUCGAAUACAAACACUGUCACCAACUCUUCCGCAUCCCUCUGAGGCAUUGGACUCGAAUACAAACCCAUCGCCAACUCUUCUGGACCCCUCGAAUAUCUGUUCUCCAAGUCCUGCACAAGGCGCAUCAGAAACCCUACCUGACAAUGAUGACCCCAAUCUCACUCCAGUUUCUUUCACUGACCGCAUGAUGGAUAGAGGUAAUAAUUCCUCUUGGGCUGCUCGUAACCCCACCCAUCCAGUGAUUGCUACGCGGUCCAAUGGUGGUGGACGCCUCACCAAAGCUCAAAAAGCAUCUCAUGCGCUGAAGACUGCACAGAACAAGGAACAGUCAAAGGCCCUUCAAGAAGCUAUCACACAGUUUGUCCAGGAGCAAGGGAAGAAACUUCACGACUCAGCGCUCGCUCACCACGUCUCCGACGACCACGUCAAAAAUUUGAUUGGCCUUGAAACUCACUACAAGAAGGCACGCGAGCUGCAGCUUCGAAACGCCCUUGUCCAUGCCAAAUCCAAAGAAGUCAAUGAAGGUCUUGUGCACAGCCAGAAGUACACCAUGGCUGAAAUUCAAAAAAUGGUUGCUGAUGAUCCCAACAUGCCCAACCUGUCUCGCGAGCAGAAGAAGGAUUUUAUCAAGCAACUGAUGGAUUACCUGAUGGAUGGUGUGUUGAAGGAGUGUCAUGCGCUACAGGACAGAACUGGAAUCUAUGCCACAGUUCUGAUGGUUCAGGGACAUGUUAACGAUCAAAUACAGUCGACGUGGAUUGUGACAGACAAUGCAUCAGAGUUUUGGGAGGAUUGGAUGGAGGUGGCUCUUGACGACAUGGCCCGUCAGUUUGAGGAAUGGGCGUGCAUUCAGAAAAAAAGGAAUCAUGCAUGGACAUGA